AUGCCGCAGGUCAAGGCGCGCCUACCUCAUGCCGCAGGUCAAGGUGCGCCUACCUCAUGCCGCAGGUCAAGGUGCGCCUACCUCAUGCCGCAGGUCAAGGCGCGCCUACCUCAUGCCGCAGGUCAAGGCGCGCCUACCUCAUGCCGCAGGUCAAGGCGCGCCUACCUCAUGCCGCAGGUCAAGUCAAAACGCCAUGCUCGCUCCCCUCCACCACCACCACCUCUUCCCUCCACCACAUUCCGUGUCCCCCCACUCUUCCCUCCACCCAUCCCCCAUCCCCUCAAUCCUCCAUUCGUCACACCCCAUCCCCGUGUUCCCCAGACCAUGCUGACGCCCGACCCAUGGCGCAUGCUGAGGCCAUUCCCCGCCAAGACGUGGCUGGUGUCCCUGGCGAACCUCUACAACAACUGCUGGGUUGCGCUGUGGACGCUGGUGCUGGCGGUGCCGUACACCAUCCUGUGGCUGCUCAACUUCCUCCUCGUGCCCUACUUCUGUAACCAGCUGCUGCGCCUCUUCAUCACCCUCGGCUUCGGCCUGCAGAAGAACGAGUUGGACUGCGCGCAGGUGUACGUGGAGGAGUGGCUGCGCCUACCCCCCGCCACGCACAGCAUAGCGCAUUGGAACGUACAGAAGAUCCUCACUGCUGCCACGCUCGACCAGCUCAAAGACCUCCGCAAGCGAUCGGUGAUAGCGGGGGAGGCGGCGGCAACGGAGGAGGCGCUGAUGGAGGCGCACACGCAGCUCGUGGACCCCCACGCCAUCGCCCAGCGCUGGCGCUUCCUCUGGGACGAUGCGGAGUUGGAGAGGAAGGCGGAGGAGUCAACGACGCUGGCGCUGCUGAAGAACCAAGUGGAUAAGAUGGCGCACAACCCCCGCAUCUCCAGAGUGGCAUUCGAGCGCGAGUUGAAGGUGGUGUGUGUGACACUGGAGGAGCGCUACAAGGACAUGACGGGGAACGUGGAGCUGUCGCACGGCAGCUACUUCCGCAACCACGUGGUCAUCGCUGUCAUCGCGCACUUCCUCGCACACGGAGAGGUACCCUCCUGGGCGCCGCAGCUGGGCGAGAUGACGCCGCCCGCUGAGAAGCCCGCCAAAAAGGGCCCCAUGUCGCGCCUCUUCAGCCGCCGCAUCACGCCCACUACUGAUGACCUCAACAGCACCCCCUCGCAAUAA